AUCGGCGGGACUGGUGCGCAGGGUACGGUGCCAGUUAGUGGGCGGAGCUGGGGAGCUAGUGGCUCUUGGUUGCGCAGUUGUAGGUGUUUUGGAGCGGUUGCGCUACAGUGAAUCCAGUGAUUUUUACAAUUAAUCCAAUUAGAAGGAAUGCGUUUGAUGAUUUUGGAGACAUGGAAGAUAAUUGUACAGAUAUGUUCAAUGGAUGCAGCAAAUUUGAUAUUAGCAUUCAGACUCAAGUAGCUUUGCUUGCUUUAAUCGAUAAUACCGGUUACACCAUGGUACAAGUAAAUGGACAGAGGAAAUUUGGUGGCCCUCCUCCUGGUUGGGAAGGACCUCCACCUCCACGAGGCUGUGAAGUUUUUGUAGGAAAAAUUCCUCGUGAUAUGUAUGAAGAUAAAUUGGUUCCUUUGUUUGCAAGGGCUGGAAAAAUAUACGAGUUUAGGCUGAUGAUGGAAUUUAGUGGUGAGAAUAGAGGCUAUGCUUUUGUCAUGUACACAAACAAAGAAGAAGCCUUGUUAGCCAUUCGAAUGCUAAAUAAUUAUGAAAUUUGCCAAGGAAAGUUUAUUGGAGUCUGUGUCAGUUUAGACAACUGCAGACUGUUUAUUGGCUCUAUCCCUCAGGAAAAAAGAAAAGAAGAAAUUUUAGAGGAAAUGAAGAAAGUAACAGAAGGAGUGAUGGAUGUUAUUGUGUACCCUAGUGCAACAGAUAAAACAAAAAAUCGUGGUUUUGCUUUUGUGAUGUAUGAAUCUCACAGAGCAGCUGCCAUGGCACGAAGAAAGCUAAUUCCAGGACCGUUCCAGUUAUGGGGACAUACAAUAAAGGUUGCCUGGGCAAGUCCAGAGAAAGAAGUUGAUGAAGAAACAAUGCAGAAAGUAAAGGUUCUGUAUGUUAGAAAUUUAAUGAUGUCAACGACUGAGGAAACAAUUAAAGCUGAAUUCAACAGAUACAAACCUGGAGUUGUUGAACGUGUCAAAAAAAUAAGAGACUAUGCCUUUGUGCACUUUUUCAGACGUGAUUAUGCCAUUGCUGCUAUGUCAGUAAUGAAUGGAAGAUUAAUUGAUGGAGCGAGGAUAGAGGUAACACUGGCAAAGCCGGUGAAUAAAGAAGCAGCCUGGAGGCAGAAUGGAAAUGGUCACAUGAAUGCUAAUUCUGAAUGCUUACUGAAUUUUGCAAAUAAAGAAGGAUCCCAGAAGGCUCUUGAUAUGUGUUCAAAUGUCCCAGCAUAUUUGAACAAUCCGAACAGCCCAACAUUCCUAGAACCAGAGACAUGCACAUAUCCAUGUAUUCCUGGAACAAAGCUUACUCCAAUUAAUUUGUAUUCGUUGAAGAUACAUCAUUUCCAUUCAGCAGUAAUGCACCUGGAGUACUUCUGUUACAAAAAUAAUUGGUCAUUCCCUGAAUAUUAUUUGUAUUCAACUACCGGUCAAGAUGGGAAAAUGCUCUUAGCUUAUAAAGUUAUAUUGCCAGCCAUUACAGGUAACACCAACAGUUACUUCAUGCCAGACAAGCUGUGUUCAUUUGUAGAAGACGCAAAGGAACUGGCAGCUCAGUUUACACUAAUGCAUUUAGAUUACAGUUACCAUCCUACUUCAGGCAAAAAUAUAUCUUUGCCUAGCACUGCUGCCACAUCGGGAACAUCAGGUGUCCUCCCUUACACACCCAAACCGUACUCGUAUUCCAGCUACCCAUCCUCACCAAAUGUUUCUCUGACUAACGGAGGCAGUGUGGGAAAGCAGCUUUAUGUCUCCAAUCAAGCGUCUUAUUUCUCAGGAUAAGCCUGCCUGUUAAACUGGUUGUGUCAUCUCUUUUAACUUUUACUUGCAAGUAAUUUUUUGUAAAAUAUUUAUUCAGUGUAUUCAUUUUAGGUAAAUGCAUUUGCUUCCAAAACAUCUUUAGGGAGUUGGUUGAUUAUUAAUGCUCAGAAGUCUAUUCGCGGUUUAAUAUUAUGACAGAAUUAUGCAUUUCCCCAAUGGCUGCUGCAAAUUCUGUAUGGUUUUUUACCCAGUUGUGUUGUUUUAAAGGAGAUCUCUACCCAAAUACUGUUUGGUUUUUGUUGCUUUUUUUUUUUUUUUUUUGCUUAGUUCAAGAAAAUUUUCUGACAUGGAUGAGAUCCUGAUGUAAAAAGAGGGAUGAACAGAUAAGUUUCAUAUGCUUUCAAAAAAAGCAAAAACUGACAGUUUAUAUUGGUUGACUAAAAUAACUUUUUUUCUUAAUUAAGCAAAAACAGUUUUGGGUGGAGAUCCCCCUUAAACACUAACAUUUAAAAUAUAUGCCAUAAAAAUAUUGGCCUAGAAGGUUACAUUUAUCAUUUCAAAACAAGCCACCCUAUAUUAGCAACAUCCCAUACAAACACUGAAUAUGUUCUGCUGCUCUCAAAUAAUUAGCAAAGAAGAAAAUCACACCAUAACAUUAACUUUAAUAUUUUAUUGAGUUAUAGCAGUGGUAUUAUAAGGCAUUUUGAAAUUUUGCUUUCUUUGGUAUUUUUAAAUUAUACUGCUUCUCUUAAACCUUAAAUUGAAACUGAUAUAAUUUGCUUAUUCCAGUGAACCAGAAUGUGGAUGGAAUAUAAGGGCAGAUUAAUUUAAAGAUGGCCGUACACAGGCAAACUGUGUGGCACUACAACUGAUUGUCACAUGGGGCAAAGGAAAGGAUAUUGUACAAGGGGCAUCCAUGUUUAAUUAUAAAUAUAUAUAUAUAUCCACCUUUGUAGCCAACUGCCUGAAUGAUCAUAAUAUCAUGAGUAGGAGCUGCAGCUUCCCUUCACUUUCUUCGGCCAACCAUUGGAAAUCCUUUAUUGACCUGGACUGCAGAAUUCCAGGCUGGCCAUACAUGCCCAGCUAGGAGUACAGUUUAAACUGGCCAUACCAAAUCUGGGCAUGUAUGGCCAGUUUAUUAACGUCCUGUUAUCACCAUCUCUCAUAUCUGUCUACAUGGAUAAUUAGUCAAAAGUACAAGUUCAGCACCUCUCCUGACUCACUCCUGCACCAUGUUUAGUUAACAACAAUCUAAAGAGUGACGUCAGUUUCUUCUUUCCGUUUUAAAUUAUAUAUUUAUAAUUAAACUCUUAAUUGAUUGUUGCCACUGCUCUAAUGCUUGGCAAUAUGACUGCAUUCACUAAACUUCUAUUGAGAAGUGAUUGGUGCCACUGGUCUAACUGACCCCAGUGAACCACCCUUAUGCUAAAUAAAGACGGAAAAAAGAGUAUUUUGGCUUCUAUAAUGGCAAUACAACUUAACACAGCAUCAUUUUAACCUAACUAAUUUUCAUAUAAAGCAUAUACAAUUAUAUACCUUUACUUAUUUUUCCCCAUUAUAACCGUAAUCCCAUCUACCAACUAUGUAUUAUAUAAUAUUUGCUAUGUGCUCUCUCAUAAUAUAACAUCCAGCCCCCAAGAUUCUGGUAAUCCAAAUAAAUAACCAGUGGAUAUAGAGACAGAUGUCACAGCACAAAUUGAUCCUUGUGGAUAUAGAGAGAGCGGGAAGCUACUAUUGCUGCAGGGUUGGGCGGCUUCUCAGUUGAAACUUGAUUCGCUGGUGGAUGUAAGAUAGGAAAUAUAUAUAUUAAACGGCAGAGCUUCAGCAACAGUGAAAAUGUCAUUUGCACUUCAUGUUUGGAGAUUCACGAACCCAUAACAGCACUGUGAUCAUUUGUUUGCUUAAUUCACCUUAUGCCUCCAGCCAGUGAACUAUAAAGAGUCACAGUUUUAAAUUAAAAUAAGAACACAUUUUCAUUAAAUAAAAACCUAAAUGCAGAACUUUUUUUUAAUGAACUAUAAACUUAAAAAAAAAUUAUUUCAAAUAUUUGACUGGUGUGGCCUGUUAGAAUGAUAACAACUACAUUGGCAACCCCAUAUUUUGUUUGUUAGCAGUUAUCACAAAUGUCUAACACUUAACAUAUUAAAUUCAGAAGAAAAAAAUCCCUCACUGUUGUUAUCAGUCGGUAUAUUAUUAUGUUAAAACCUCUAUUAGUUUGUUGUGUUUUUUUAAAAAAAAAGGCCUUUAAAAAAGUUCUAGACAGUGGGUACCAUAUGCAUUAAUAGGUCCACUGUUCCAAAAGGCUGAGAUGUUUUAGAAGUGGAACUGCAUAAAUAUACAUUAUUAUUUUAUUAAUGUUGUGGCACAUUUUCUCCUCCCGUGUAUUUCUGCCAGUGGAGGAACGUACGUCUCACUCCAUUGGCUUGUUUGGCACUCACCUUUCAGCCCCAAUACUCUCCUCGUGGCUUCCCAGUCGACGGCUGGCUGCACAAUGGGGGUACUUGUAUCUAUCUGCCUGUGGAGAAAAUCCUACCUGUACAAUUAGCUUAAAUGUUCUGUUGCCUCUUUACUGCAUUUGACUUGCGAGUCAGACAUCUUUCAGCAGUUUUACUUCCGGAAGUGUCAGUGUUUAGAAGUGUUUCUAAAGGGAAAAGCAAAUUCUAUAAAAACUGUCUGUAAAGAUGGUCAACCUGAAUUCAUUUUCUGUCAGCUUAUUUGUGUUUCAUCUGUUCAUUGUCUUAUUUUAUUAACAAUGUAGAACAUUAGAUUUCAGUAGAGAAAGUUGUGAUGGUUUUAAUGUCCAAAUAAAGUGUUAACUUUUUCUGAAUGCAAACAUGUUCCCAUUAAAUAUAUAAUAAAAAA